AUGGGACCGGAUAAGAAUGGGAAUAUUGUAGCUGUGCAGCCGAUGGGCCGAGCUCGACCGCGAACGUUGAUGCUUUUGGGACGAGUAUCGGAUUUCUACCUGGCAUCAAUAGUUGAAGCUGAAGCUUGCAUGUGUUUUUUAAGGAAGGAAGAGGCUAGGAGGCGAUGCAAACUAGGCGUUAUUAUCGUAUCAGAUCUCGCUGAAUUAUCUCGUGAGACAAUUUAUAUGCCUGCAGUAAAAGCAUAUUUGGAUGUUUUGAAUAUUUUGCAGUAUUUUUUCCCUGGUUCGAUCAAAAAAGUGUAUGUGAUCAACGCUCCCAGUGCGGUCAGUGUCCUCUUCAACAUGGCAAAACGUGUGCUUUCAAAAAAAACGAUUGAAAAUAUCGAAUUUCUGGGCAGUGAUUGGAAGGAACGACUUAAAAAAGACUUGGGAGAAGAAAAUAUCUUCAAAUGUUGGGGUGGGACGAAACAUGCUCCAAAAGAUACAGGCACAAUACGGAUGGCAGGUGAAGUGCCGAGAAGUUUGAGGGAUAAAAUUCUAAAAACAAUCAAAUUCGUUCCUGAUGCACAGCUAACAAAGGCGACAUUGUCUGCUGGCGCUACUUGGAAAGUAUCGGUGAAUAUUCUGAAACGUGGUUCGGUGCUACAAUGGUAUUUUGUUGUUCGGUCUGGAGAUGUGGAUUUUAAAAUAACAUUCAAUGAGGAGGAAGUAAAUUUGUUAAUUAAUUCUAUGUUUUUUAUGCGUUUUUUGCAGCUAUGCAAUGCAAAAAACGCAUAUUGA